UCCUCGAUAAUUACGCAUAUCCAUACGAAUCUGUAAUUAUGUGGUGGCGUUCAUCAGGACGUAGCACUACUGUAGCGAUCAAUGAUCAAAUGGCGUCUGCUCCAAGCGAUGCGGACUGAUCAAUUUGACAAAACAGGCGUACAGUUUGGAGCUCCGAUUUCUCCGUACGGUUCUGUAGAGUACAUGGAGCACAAAUAGUUCCAAUUUAAGAAACGCCGCCCUUAGACCAAGUAGAGUAACUAUCAAAGUUGCCAUUUGAGGAGUAAUUUUCGGCCAACCAAACGCCAUUUGGGAUUGGUAUUUACGAACUGUGUGUUAUAAGUUCUUGACGUCAUGGAUCAAUU